AUGCUUUGGAGAGAAGAAAGAUCAAUUACUGACUUGGAUCUUUUCACCUUGAUAGAGCCACAAGUCAUUCCGCACGAAGGUGAAGCUCGCAAAGGCGCAGAAGCAAAACAGACCAAUCCCGCAAUGGAUCCGAUUGAGGACGAACAACACCAUCAGGUUAGCACGCACUCCGGUCUAUUUUUCCUACUACACCUCCUUCCUCACAUUGGUGCGCUCGACACAUAUAUGAUGGAACUCUCUAUGGUCUGUUCCUGGACCAUGGCUUCGGCUUCUGGCUUCUGGGCUUGAG